AACAUUUCAUUUCCAUCUCCGCCCUUUUCCCCCUUUUAUCUCUUUCUCUAUCUUCCCUAUCCACAUUUCCACUUCUCAAAACUCGCCGGACCUCCAUCGCCGGCGUAAAAACUCACAAUCUCACCGUCAUGAAUCCGUCACUCCUUUCAACACAACAACAACAACCACCUUCUAUCCUAUUCACUCCAUUUCUAAACCCCACACCUCUCAAAUUCACUACUAAUUCACUCACUUUCACUCGCCGGCGCCACCGUUAUGCUUACCGGAAUCCUUCCGUCAGGUGCUCCGCUUCAUCUCCCGACCAGCCUUCCAGUGCCGCUCCCGUCACCGAUGUUUUCGGAGGAAAGAAGGAGUUAACGGCAUUUCAAUCGAUAAUCGAUUCCAUGACGCCAACAGUUAGGUUGGCUAGCUCAGUUGUUGUAGUUGCGGCUGCGGUUGCGGCUGGAUAUGGAUUAGGGUUGCGUAUCGGUGGGAAUAAGAAUGUUGGUUUGGGUGGAGCUGUUGUUUUGGGUGCUGCUGGUGCUGGUGCUGUUUACGCUAUGAAUUCUUCUGUUCCAGAGGUUGCUGCUGUUAGUUUGCAUAAUUAUGUGGCUGGUUCGGAUCCUGGGUCGGUUAAGAAAGAAGAUAUUGAAAGCAUUGCCAGCAGAUAUGGUGUUAGCAAACAGGACGAAGCUUUCAAUGCAGAGCUUUGUGAUAUAUAUUGCCGAUAUGUUACAUCCGUGCUUCCUUCUGGAGGUGAAGAUUUAAAGGGUGACGAGGCUGAUAUUAUCAUUAAAUUCAAAAAUUCACUGGGAAUUGAUGACCCUGAUGCAGCAUCUAUGCACAUGGAGAUUGGUAGGCGUAUUUUCAGACAAAGAUUGGAAACUGGUGAUCGUGAAGCAGAUGCAGAACAGCGUCGGGCAUUUCAGAAGCUGAUUUAUGUUUCAACACUCGUGUUUGGAGAGGCUUCAGGUUUUCUUUUACCCUGGAAGCGUGUGUUCAAGGUUACCGAGUCACAGGUUGAGGUUGCUAUACGUGACAAUGCCCAACGGUUGUAUGCUUCCAAGCUAAAAUUAGUUACUCAAGAUGUUCAGCCUGAAUAUCUUAUUAGCCUGAGAGAUGCACAACUGCAGUGUCGGCUUUCCGAUGAGCUAGCUGAGGACAUGUUCAGGGAGCAUAGUAGAAAGCUUGUUGAAGCAAAUAUAUCUACAAGUAUGGAUGUACUCAAGUCCAGGACAAGAACUGCCAAGGACGCCAGACUUAUUGUAGAAGAACUUGAUAAGAUAUUAGCAUUCAAUAAUGCACUUGUCUCACUCAAAAGCCAUCCUGAUGCGAGUCGCUUUGCUCGUGGGCUUGGUCCCAUUUCUUUAAUAGGUGGCGAGUAUGAUGGUGAUAGAAAGAUGGACGACCUUAAGCUCCUGUACAGAGCAUACAUUGCUGAUUCUCUAUCAGGUGGCCGUAUGGAGAAAGACAAGCUUGCUACAUUGAGCCAGUUGAGGAAUAUCUUUGGUUUGGGUAAAAGGGAAGCAGAAUCAAUUGCAAUAGACGUCACCUCAAAAGUAUACCGUAAACUCCUUGCCGAGUCUGUAACUGGGGGUGCUUUAGAAGCUGCAGAUAGCAAAGCAGCUUUUCUUCAAAAUCUUUGUGAGCAGUUGCACUUUGACACUGAGAAAGCCAUUGAGAUUCAUGAAGAGAUAUACCGUCAAAACCUUCAACAAUAUGUGAAAGAUGGAGAGCUUAGUGAUGAUGAGGUUAAGUCCCUGGAGAGGUUGCAAGUUAUGCUUUGCAUCCCUAAACAAAUUGUUGAAAAGAUUCAUGAGGAGAUCUGUGGCACUUUAUUUGAAAAGGUUGUUAAGGAGGCUAUAGCUGCAGGAGUUGAUGGGUAUGAUGCUGAUGUCCAACAAGCUGUAAGAAAGGCUGCAUAUGGUUUACGGUUAACAAGGCAGGUGGCCAUGUCUAUUGCUGGCAAGGCGGUACGGAAAAUUUUUAUAAGUUACAUACAAAGAUCACGGGCGUCAGGUAGCCGCACAGAGGCAGCAAGAGAGCUCAAGAAGAUGAUAGCAUUCAACAACUUAGUUGUAACUGAACUCGUGUCAGACAUCAAAGGCGAAUCAUCCGAGACGACCUCAGAAGACGAGAUUAUUGAUGUGGAAGCAAAACCCGUCGAAGAAGUAGAGGAUGAAGAUCAAGAAUGGGAGUCAUUACAGACCCUUCGUAAAAUCAGACCGACACAAAUGACCCAGGGGAAGAAGGGUCAAACAGAUAUAACUCUCAAAGAUGACCUUCCUGAUAGGGACAGAGCCGACCUUUACAAAACCUAUUUACUCUAUUGUUUAACCGGGGAAGUUACAAGAGUCCCGUUUGGGGCUCAAAUCACCACAAAAAAGGACGAUUCUGAGUAUGUCUUUUUAAAGCAAUUAGGUGGCAUUCUUGGGCUGACUGAUAAAGAGAUUGUGGAUGUGCAUAGAAGCUUAGCCGAGCAAGCUUUCAGGCAGCAAGCUGAGGUAAUAUUAGCAGAUGGGCAGCUCACAAAAGCCCGUGUUUCACAGCUAAAUGAGCUGCAGAGACAAGUCGGAUUGCCAUCUGAGUAUGCCCAAAAGAUAAUAAAGAACAUAACGAGCACUAAAAUGGCAGCUGCCCUUGAAACUGCUGUGGGCCAGGGGCGUCUCAGUAUAAAGGAGAUUCGUGAGCUCAAGGGGUCAGGGAUUGAGCUAGAUGUGAUGGUCUCAGAAAGUCUAAGACAGAAUCUUUUUAAGAAAACAGUAGAUGAUAUAUUUUCUUCAGGGACUGGUGAGUUUGAUGAGGUUGAAGUUUAUGAAAAGAUCCCGGAAGAUCUUAGUAUCGAUGUAGAGAAGGCGAGAGGUGUUGUUCAUGAACUUGCACGAACUAGGUUGUCAAAUUCUUUGAUUCAGGCUGUAUCGUUGCUUAGACAGAGGAAUGCUAAAGGGGUGGUUUCUUCUCUGAACGACUUGUUAGCCUGUGACAAAGCCGUACCAGCAUCACCGUUGUCUUGGGAGGUGACUGAAGAGUUGGCAGAUCUCUUUCUAAUAUAUCUGAAGAGUGACCCAGCGCCUGAAAAGUUGUCACGUUUAAAAUACUUGUUGGACAUCAAUGAUGCAACAGCAGAAGCACUACAAGGGAUGAAAGAUCGAGCAAUGCCUAGUAGUGGAACUAGUGAAGAGGAGUUUGUUUUUUGAGUUUUUCCUCCAGGUUUUAAGAGCUAUAGGCAGACAGGCAGGUGUUGUAGGUAAGGGGAUGAGUCUUCCCUGCAGAGUAUUCGAUUGUUCGAAUACGUAUUUGUUUAAAGAUUGUAUUGUUCACCAUAGGUACCGUAAGAUGUUUGAUAGUAUGUACAUUAUGAAACUGGUUUUUGUUGGAUUUCCAGAACUCAGUAAUUUUUGAAUAAACAUGAAUGCCAGUAUUGAGUUGGCUGAUACAUGUGGAUUUAACUA